GCGGCAUGCACACUAUUUUUGCCUUGUUUUGGAAAAUAACUUGUUAAAAUAGUGCAAAAAAAUGGAAAAACUAGAGGCCCUAAAAAUAUCCUCGAUGCGUCCACGGAGCAACAUCCUGGACAGGCCGCUCUCCAAAGGAAAAACGGAGGUUUCCCAAAGCAUCGUGGCGCUGCUCUUCAGCGAAAUCGUUCAGUACUCGCAGAGUCGAGUGUUUACAGUGCCAGAGCUCCAAACAAGGCUCCAUGACUUGGGUCAAGAUGUGGGAACCCGGAUUAUCGACCUAUAUUUCGUAAGGGAGCGGAGCUCCAAACGGGAAACCAAAUUAACGCAAAUGCUGCUCUUUGUAAAGACCACUGUGUGGAAAAAUCUUUUCGGCAAAGAGGCGGAAAAGCUGGAGCAUGCCAACGAUGAUGAGCGAACAUACUAUAUCAUAGAAAAGGACCCCUUUGUUAAUACUUUCAUUAGCGUGCCCAAGGAUAAGGGCUCCCUAAACUGCGCCAAUUUCACGGCUGGCAUUGUGGAGGCUGUUCUUACGAAUUGUGGAUUUCCCUGCAAGGUCACCGCCCACUGGCACAAAGGCACCACCUACAUGGUCAAGUUCGAGGACUUUGUCAUCGCUCGCGACAAGCAGAUGGAGGAGAAAUAAAUUACGUUUAGUUGAUAAUAGA